UAUAAUAAGUUCAUUAAUGAGAAUACGUAUUCACAUGGAAGAGCUAAGAUUUCUAAUCUCUUAAAUAGACUUCUACAUGAAUUCCUAGGUUUGACACCAGCCAACACAUCAUAAUACCAACUUAAAUUCUAACACAGUUGAUAUUAAUCUAGGGAUGUAACAACCGUUUAGUUACAAAAUCGUAGAGAUGUAUAGUUAUGUCUUAUGAUUAUUGAGCUAUCAUUCAUAAUUACUGCUUAUAAUAUACAUUUUUUUGUACAUGUAAUUUUCUCAAACCGGAGGACUGAGUACUUUCAGUGCUGAUUUAUAUGUACACAAAUGGUGUAAGACCACUUGGACACAUUUAAUCGAUUUGGAACUUUCCUGUGUGGUUCGAGCGGAGUAUAUCACUCAAACGUCAUUACAUUUUACACCAAUUGUAGAAUAGAACAUUCAGAGUGCUUCCUGUUUUAUAUUUCACAGUGCUUUGACAUUGUAAACAGUUCUGUUGAAGGAACUUCAAUCUGACAUGGCAGCAAGUUGAGAUGUGCAACAACUUGAUGCAUUUAAACAACAGAUUUUGUGAAAUUUCUGGCAAUUAAUAUUGUGGUUGUGCUGUGUCAUCUGGUAUGUGAAGUGUUUGUUGUUGGAGUGAGCAGUGACCUAAGCAGUAAACUAUGCUGGAAAGUGAACCAAAUAUUCCUAGUUUUUGCCAUAAAAUAUAUGGAGGUGAAUUUUUUUAUCUCUGAGAUGGUCGCAGCUUCUUGUCCACCUUUAGGAACUGCAGCAUAAGAUGAAGCAACCCUUGGAUAACCAUUUAACAAAGACUAUUCAUUUGGUUACUAUGUCAGCUACUGAAAACAUGGCUAGUCAUCAGGCGGAUAACAGUCAGAACUACAUCACAGUAAUACCAGUGGAAUAUCCCAGGAGUAGGGUUUAUUCUCAACCACCAGGGGAGUACUUGGUGGAUCGUUACAGUGAUUAUCUGCGUGAUCGUACUCAUGAGGAAUACAUACGCGGGGACUACAACAUCAACUCCGAGCCUCAGUUUGAUGAGGUGGGUCCCCUGUACACUGUGUCUCAACGGUUUGAAAGGAACAAGUCUCAUCUUGGAAAUGCUGUGGGAUAUGGAACUAUAGGACAUAAUGGGGACAGGGACUGGAAUAGAUCAUUACACUCUCACACAUCCGGUUUGUCAAACACCACACAGCAGUCUAAAGAUAAUGAUUCAGCUGAGUUGCAGACUGAUGGUCAGCAGUCAACUCAGAUAUUGACAUCCAAGUCACUGAAGAUAUGUGUUUACCUAAUGUCACAAGUGGUGUUGCAUAUGGAUUUGGAGGAUGGAGUGAACAUCACAGUGCAAGAACUAACACAGUCUAUUCUGCAGGAAGAGGAAUUGGGUCUGCCAAGGAUUGCAGCCAGCAUCUUUACGCUUUGGAUGUGCUCUAGCCUACUGGAACUGCAGCUAAAGCCCCACCAUAAACCAUAUGAAAUUUGUCACAAAUGGCGAACAUUAGUUUUCCAGUACAGCACUGGAUCAGAGUCUCAUAUAGAGAGGGAUGAGCCAGUCCUCUCUUUUCAACGAAAUAUUUUUUUCUCAAAGAGAGAAGAAGAAAAGAUAAAGGAUCAGAAGUUGCUGGACCUGCUUUAUGAAGAAGCAAGAUACAAUAUUCUGGAAGGCCGAUACCCAUGUGAAGUAUCGCAUUAUAUCAUGUUGGGUGGCAUUCAAGCUCGUAUUGAAUUGGGUCCAUACAAUCCACAGGUUCAUACUACACAGUUCUUUAGGGAACAGCAGUGUAAAUUUCUACCAGUACAUAUGAGUCGCAGCACAUGGUCAUGGCUUCGAAUCAGUGGGAAAAAUUCACCUGAAGUACGACUCCUUGAGCAGUUUAAGAGGAUACCCACCAGCACACCAGUCAGAAAACUUGUUCGCAAGUAUCUGGAGUUCUGCUGGUCUCUGCCAUACUAUGGGGGAGCAUUCUUCCAAGGACAAGUGGAACAACCAGUACGUGGUCUCACUUCCCUUAUCACGCAUCAGGAUGUACCAGUGUUGAUAGCAAUAAAUGCCCAAGGAAUAUAUGUUAUUGAUGCUAUUCAGUGUACACUGUUACUGGGGUUGAAAUAUGAAGAAUUAUCAUGGGAUUUUGCAAAACCAUCUCAAGAAAAUAAUCCAGAUUGCUUGCCAUGCCUCUUCCUGCAGUUUAUGGUGCUUGAGAAUGGUACAAGAGUGUCAAAAAUUCUCCAGGUGUUUUCCAAACAGGCUGUGAUGAUGGAUACUCUGAUAUCAGCAUUUGUAGAAGAAUUGAAACAGAAAACAGUUGUCUACAUUGAUGAAACAGACCGACCCGUAUAUGACACAUCAACAGAUAGUGAUGCUCUUUCCUUACCUGCAGAUACACAAGUGCCACUGACAAUGGUGAAUCGCCGAGAGCUGCCACAGUCUUGUCUAAGUAAUAAGUUGAGUAAACUCACACUUGCUACCUUUGAUGAUGAUGAUCAUUCGUUAGCAGACUGUGUGUCUAACUACUAGUGCAUGAAAAAGUGGCUUACUGUCCACUCUGUAGAUGCAUUUGCACAUUGUAAUUGGAAGCACAUAUCUAUAUAAUUGCAGCCAAACAGGACACUGCAUUGGUCAGAUGGGAUCUUGGUCCUUCAGUUAUUGAGUACACAUUUGGAUAUAUAUAAGGAUGUUCUAGAGUACCAAAUACUGCAGAAAUCAUGCAGUAUGACCACCGGUGGUAUUCACAGAAACUAGUAUGUAUUCCACAUUGUUAUACAUUCUUUCCAGUGCACCAUAAGUAUGAGCCCUAGUUUAAAAAUUGGCAGUCCUUUAUUGUUGUUUUAUUGUAUUUAAUUCUGAGUUCCUUGAAUAUUUUGUUAGUUGAUUCAAGUGACAGUUAAACAUGUUGAGAACUGAACAUAUUUAAGGUUAGUGUCCAGAAUUAACACAAAUUUAAGGUGUUGUAUCCGUUAACCAACUGUAAGAACUCAGUUUCUGCCACCAGAAUCCUUGUUAUAUAUUCCUUUUAAUUGUCCGUGCUAUACUGCCAUACGACACCACUGGCACUGCUAUGUUUUAUAGAACUUCAUCUUUGUUUCUUACCUUGGUUUUAAUUUAAAAUGUUUUUAUAGUGUUGCAUAGAAAUUUAAAUCUGUGGCAUUUAUUAUACACAGUCAUCUUGUUCCUAAGUUAUAGCCUUCAUCUCUUCAGAUAAAAUGUUUUUACUUUUUCUGUUGGUUGGUUGUCAAUAACAAUUUUACUGCUAAUUAGAAGCCUACACCUGAGUGCCAUUUGAUGUUUUGUAUGGAUAUUUUCAGAUUGUAAUGCUUUCUGUAACUGUUGUUCAUUUUCAAUUACUAACUCAUCCUCUGUGAACAGUGUAUUAAGAGGAAUGUUUAUGCUUAACCAUAAGUUAUUCUUAAUCUAAGAUUUCCAUUUUCCAGGAGUGUCAUCAAUGUAUGUAAUAAAUAAGGUCUGGGACAGAGAGGACCCUUGCCUUACUCUGUUCAUUCAAUUUACUUAUAUAGUUUAUCACAAAUCUAAUACACUUGUUUAUGAGCAUAACAUAUUUAAAACUUGUGUAAUGUGUAAUGGGUGUCCUCAUUUUUGUAAUAUUUUCCAGAGAUUAUUCAAAAUAUUCCCAACCUGACCAUUGCCAAAACCGGUCUCUGCUGGAUUUGGUCUCUGUACGAUCCAGUCUAUGACAGUCCAUCUCUGAAGAGACCGAUUGAGGCAGAGACCGGGUGAGGAAAGACCGAGUCUGGCAGAGACCGAGUGUAGCAGAGACAGGUUCUGUUGUGGAUCGAGUAGGGAAAAUUGUGAAAAAAUUCAGAAUUUUCAAAAAAUCAAAAAAUGCUGCAAAUACUCUAAAAAGCUUACAGAACCACAAAUUUUCGAUUUUUUAAAUUUGGAAUAUUUCAAAUUCUGUUAGUUUUGGACAAUUUCCAGCCUUUUUGAUUUUUCGAAAAUUUUGAAUUUUUUUCCAUAUUCUGCCAACCCGAGCACUCCCAGAACCGGCCUCUGCCGUACCCUGUCUCAGACGCACCCGACAUCUGCACGAUCCAGUCUCUAAAGAGACAGGUUGAGGCAGAAGCCGAGUCCGACAGAGAAAGUAUGAGGCAUAGACUGAGCCCGGCAGAGACCAAGUGUAGCAGACAAGUUAUGGAUCAGACCCCAGCCGGACCCGGUCUCUGCCGUACCUUGUCUCUGAAGCACACGGUAUCUGCACGAUCCGGUCUCUGUAUGAUGCAGUCUCUACGGGCCGUCUGCAAAAACGGUGAGGCAGAGACAGUCCGACAGAGCCCGUGCCAGGCAGACACCGCGUUGGGCACAGACUGAGUCCUGCAGAGAACGUGCGAGCCAGAGGCCGGGUGAGGCACAGACCGAUUCACACCGGUCCACAGUUUGUUGCUUCAAUUGUGGUGAAGAAUCGGAGAGAUAUGAAGUAUUCUCUGUCCUAUCACUGCCUCUCCCCAGUUCCAGUAAUGAGUGUUCACUCGAUGUGAGUUUUAAACCUUGAUUACAUUACAAUUACAAUACAAGGUACUAUUCAAAAGUAUUUGGACCCAUUUUGGAGUUGCACGAGAAACAAUGGUAUUCAGUUUUGCUAAUAGGUGAUAAUAUUGCACUUUUAUAAUCAGUUCUGCACCGAUCUCGCUCGUCUACUUUGCUUCAGUGUGAUUUUACAUCCCUUCAAAUGUGACCAUGUUGGAUGUUAUGACUUCUGCGUUUUACUAGGAUGGCACAUUUAAAAGAACAAUGAAUUUGCAACAGAAUGACUUGACCCUCCUUUCAGAGGUCAUUACAGGAGAUGAGACGUGGAUUUAUGACUACGAUGCAGCAGCAUUCCUAUCGGUGGAAAAGCAUUUUAUCUCCAUUCCCAAAGAAGGCCACACAGGAUUGCUUGGAUGUCAAGAGCAUGUUGAUCAUAUUUUUUUAAAUCAACAGGAUUGUUCAAUAGAUUUGUGGCAUGUAAAAGGUCCUUACAAGUAUGAAGAAGGUGCUUGGUGACCAAAUACUGUGGCCAUGUUCGUCACCUAUGUCUCUUCUGCUGCGCUACCAGAUGACUGGCAGUUGAAUCAGGCCAAAGGCACAGUACUUGAAAGUUAGAAGAAGAAGAGGAUUGUUCACCAUUAAUUUAUCUACAGUGUCUAUAGGAGGCAUAUGGGGCUCAGACAUCCACAAAAAUGGUGCACUGAUGACUGGUUGCCCGAAGAAAGUUGGAAAUCUUCUUUGGUGGAAGACCAGCAGACUUGAUGUUGUGCCUGGCCAGCAGCCUGCUGCAUUGCUGGAAAUCUACCAGACAGCAAUCUUCACACUCACCGCUGUGAAAACCUCAAAUCCUACAUUUAUUAACUUUCUCACAAACAUUCCAUCAUAUAAAUAAUUGGUGUAUGACAAAAUAUAAAUAUAACUAAAACUUAUCUCUUA